UCGCGAAGCCAGAGGGUUUGCUUGAACGUUCCAAAAAGUGGAUGUUUAGGAGACUUCUACAGAACGACGUGGAGUCAACGUCCUGCCGCUUCACUGCGCCGACACUUUACUGUAGAUAUGGAAGGAGAUGCAUAACUGUAUAUUAAGACGUAAACCGUAUUAUAAUAAGAUACCAUCUGACUGCUGUGUCCGUGGGAAUUACUUCGUAAUUGGGGGAUCAUCAUAUUCAUUCGGGUUUAUUUUGCUUUGGAAUUCCUGAUCUGCUCUUGAUAUGAUAUCCACGGCAGAUUGUUGUUUUUUAACCAUGUCUUUUAUAAUUAAUUUGGCAAUCUGCUAAACUUUGGGGAGAGCAUACAAUAUUCUGUCUGUCGAUCACUUUGGAUACUGCGAGCUAUGUUGCCAAGAUGUUACAAGAGAUCAAUGUUUCGUCCUUUUUUCUGGAAACAAUCUUAACGCUCUUAUUGUAAACAAAUGUAAAAGUACAAUGAUACAUUCAUACUGAAACCAAGGGAUUAUACACAGGACGGUGGAGAAUGGCUUCGAAGGAGAGGUUGAAUGAGCUGUGGAUUUUAUAUUACACCAAGAAAGAUGAGGGCUGCCUGCAGCAGUGGCUGGAGGCUUUUGUGGCUUCCUUUGAGAAGCUUGUUGAUGUGCAGUCACUGGAGCCUCGCAGGCUGGAGAACUAUAUUGCGGAGGUUCCCCUUGUACCCAGGGACAUACUGGUGUUCCUCAGUGACCAGCUAUCACACAGUACCAUUCACCUCUCUGGGGGCGACAGUAACAACAGCACCCUGCUCCUCUCUGGGGGCGACAGUAACAACAGCACCCUGCUCCUCUCUGGGGGCGACAGUAACAACAGCACUCUGCACCCCUCUGGGGGCGACAGUAACAACAGCACCCUGCACCCCUCUGGGGGCGACAGUAACAACAGCACCCUGCACCUCUCUGGGGGUGACAGUAACAACAGCACCCUGCACCUCUCUGGGGGCGACAGUAACAACAGCACCCUGCACCUCUCUGGGGGCGACAGUAACAACAGCACCCUGCACCUCUCUGGGGGCGACAGUAACAACAGCACCCUGCACCUCUCUGGGGGCGACAGUAACAACAGCACCCUGCACCUCUCUGGGGGCGACAGUAACAACAGCACCCUGCACCUCUCUGGGGGCGACAGUAACAACAGCACCCUGCACCUCUCUGGGGGCGACAGUAACAACAGCACCCUGCACCCCCUGCUGCUUAUUAAGUUCUUCAUUAUCGUCUGCAGGAAUAUGGAAAACAUGGACCCAGAGAAGACCCCAGGCUUUGUCUUGAGACCCUUAAACUGUUAAACUUCUGCUUGACUCAGCUGAAGAAGCAGCCUGCGGAUCAGUCGUCCCUCCAGACAGUGAUUCAGUAUGGCCUAAUGCUGUUGGAGAGUCUCUUUGACCCUUAUAAUACAUGGAGGAGACGCCUGACAGGGGAGGAGGUGAGCAUGGUGGAGAGGAGCAAGUAUAAGUUCUCCCCUCUCCCCUUACCAGAGGAGCUGCCUGCUCUAUUCCAUGACAGCCUGCAGGACAGCCAGCAGAUCCCAGAGGACCUCGCUCUCCGAUUGGUCCAUCUCCAAGGGGCUGUCAUCAGUGGCAGCAAGAAGAACGGCCUGCCUCCAUCACCCUGCAGUCUGUGGAGAACCUUCUUUCUGUACUCCGAGCCUGGUGCCUCCGGACCUCCUCCAACCCCAAGGACCCCACGCUGCUACGGCUGACCCUGCAGUGCCUGACUGCAAUGGUGCAUACCCUCCACUCCAGUAGUCCUGCAGAGCGCCGGCUGGAGAUCAGGACCGUGUUGGAUGGCUACUU